AUGCCUCGCCCACGUCUGACUGACGAUGAUGGGGACGAAAGCUUACUUCUAAUACCCCCAUCAAGAAUGAGAAAUAUGAUGAAGAGUUCUCCUGAUGUCGAUUGUGUUAGCUCUGAGUCUGUUAUUUGUUUGAUCAAGGCUACGGAGAUGUUCAUCAAGGAAAUUUUAACUCUUUCCUACUCAAAGUCGUCAGGCGAACUCACCUACGAAAACUUAUCAAGAACACAAUCACAGUUGUCGCGGUACUCCUUUUUGUCGGACAUACUUCCUCCCAAGAUUACUUUUAAAGAAUGGACAGAGAAAUACAAACAUCUUUAUGAACAGUCUUAUUCGAUUCUUUGUCUCUGA